UAAAAAAAAUGUAAUUCAACAAUUUAAUAAAGUGUCUCUCUGUGAGCAUUCAUGGCGAAUCAACCUUCCUUAAUUUGAAUCAAUCUGCUACUUUCUCGUCUCUACUUCAAUCAAAUAUGCAAAACCUUCAACGGUAACCCAGGAAUCUGCACCGAUCUUCGAUUUCAUCACCAAGUUUAGCAAAUUUACAUUAAGUCAUCGAUCGCCGCUCUUAAAUUCGGAUGGUUUUGUUCACUCGACCUCGGAUUCAUUGCAUUUCAAUGGCUUCCGGAACUUACCCGCCGGAAACACCAGAAGAUCCCUAAUCUCCAUGAGCUUAAACACUAAAAAUGCUGCCGGCACGAAUCUACGCAGGUUUAUCAGUGAUUUCAACAGAUUUAUUUGGUUUCACUUCGACCGGGUUGUUCUGUACAGCUUCACAUCCAUCAGAAUCGGGUUGUCAAGCGAGGAAAACGGGUUUGGAGGAUAUGGCUCCGGUGAGGUUUUGGGUGCCGAAGGCUUGUCGUUAAUCGUUGUUGAAUCUGAUCGGCCCAAGAAAGUUUUGAUUUUGAUGAGUGAUACUGGUGGUGGUCACAGAGCUUCAGCGGAAGCCAUUAAAGCUGCAUUCAAUUUGGAAUUUGGAGAUGAGUAUCAGAUCACACGCCUUGGCCGUUCAACCAGUUGCCGAGGAGCUAUAACUUUCUGGUGAAACAUGGAACACUGUGGAAAAUGACAUAUUAUGGUACGGCUCCACGUGUUGUUCACCAAUCUAAUUUUGCUGCAACUUCCACGUUUAUUGCCAGGGAAAUUAAGAAAGGAUUGAUGAAAUACCAGACGGACAUUAUAAUCAGUGUUCAUCCGUUGAUGCAAUAUGUCCCACUUCGCGUCCUAAAAUCAAAGGGAUUACUGAAGAAAAUCGUCUUCACCACAGUUGUUACAGACUUGAGCACUUGCCAUCCCACGUGGUUAGUCAUAUCUCAGUGUUGAUGCUUCUCAACGGUUUCAUAAGCUUGUGACAAGAUGUUAUUGCCCAUCCACAUAACUGGCGAAAAGGGCACUUAAAGCCGGACUUUGAACCUCUCAAAUCAAAGUUUACGGCCUUCCUGUUCGACCCUCCUUUGUGAAGCCCGUGUGCUCAAAGGUUGAACUAAGAAUAAAACUAGGAAUGGAUUCUUCCAUCCGUAUUGUUGAUGGGAGGAGGAGAAAGGAUGGGUCCUAUCGAAGCCACAACACGAGCACUAGGCGAGGCUUUGUAUGAUGAGAAUCUCAGGAAACCACUAUGUCAGGUUCUUGUCAUUUGUGGGCGGAACAAGAAACUUGUCAGCAGAUUAAGUUCUUUAGAUUGGAAAAUCCGAGCCCAGGUUAAAGGGUUUAUAACCAAAAUGGAGGAAUGUAUGGGUGCUUGUAACUGCAUCAUAACAAAGGCUGGUCCUGGAAGUAUAGCUGAAGCUAUGAUCCGAGGGCUACCGAUAAUCUUAAACGAUUACAUCGCUGGUCAAGAGGCGGGGAAUGUACCGUAUGUUGUGGAGAAUGGGUUUGGAUCAGGAUCAAGAGAGCUUGAGAUAAUGUCGGAGAAUGCGUUGAGGCUAGCGAGACCAGACGAUGUGUUCAAGAUCGUGCAUGACCUGCACAAGCUUGUCCAAGAGAGAAACGGUCUUCUUCCUCAGUUAUCUUGCACUGCUUAAGAUAUAAAAAGCUUUUGUUUGAUCACAUCAAUGAAGCUCCUCUCUACUCUUUGGGUUCCACUCCACUGGAUGAGUAAUAUUGUUAUAAGUCUCAGGGUGGUUUUUCUUGAUUCUUGAUUUUUGAUUUGAUUUUUGAUUUGUUAACUUAACAUGUGGAAGUAUUAAGUUAAUCAUCACAAGAUGCACUAUUGUGUGAUUCAGUUUAUCAAACCACGAGACAUUGUUGGAGCUGGAUUUGACACCUCAAAUCUGGCCCACUCAAGCCCAACAUGCAGGUCCAAACUAAGCCAAAGUGACUGGGCUUUAACCCUGCGGUCCAGGCC